AGACAUUCACAGCACUUCUCUCUCUCUCCAGGCUUGUAUCUCUUCAGCUGGAGGCUUUAUUGUUUCUUAAGAAAUGCAUGUUUACAUGGAAGAGAAACCAUAUCACAGCUCCUCUGCACCACCUUCAUCAUCAUCAUCAUCAUCAUCAUCUCCAAAGCGGGGCGUCUCUGUCCGUCCAGGACAUCAGUCUCUGAGGUCCGUGCUUCAGUGCCACUCUGUGGCUCCACAGUCCGUCACGGUGAAGGUCCUCCUGAAGGUCACCAGGCCAGUCCCUUCUUCUUCUUCUUGCCCGGACCCUUCUGUCCUGUCCUCUGCGCCCGCAUCUUCUUGGCCUGCCUCUGACUCAUCCACACCGGGUACUGGCCGUGCUCGUUCAGCAGGGUUUUCUUGUUGCGUUUGCUGUCCGUCUCCAUUUGACCCUCCGUGGCUGAAGAACAGGGCACAAUGAUGAAUGAAACUCCAGUGACAGAGGCUUGAGCGGAUCCUCCCCGUUUACCUGCAGCGUCUUCCAUGUCGACAUCGGCUUUCUUGACCUUGUCUGCGGGCACCACCGUGGCGAUCUCCUGCACCUCCGCCAUCACCGCCUCGCCCUUCACACCGGAGCCCAGAGCCUGCUUCAGCCUGGCCAGCUCUUUCGGGGCGUUCUUCUUCCUCUUCUCCGCCCUCAUCUUCCUCUUCCACUUACUCCGCAGGCUCUUUGCCAUUCUGAGCUGCGAAAACAUCACAGCUAUUACUGCUCAGACCGAGGCGUCCUUUGGCUCCACAUUACCGGCCAGUCAGUGGCCAUGACCGGGUGAUGCUCAGGCCAUGAAGUCACCUGACACGGCGGAGACGCUUGACUCAUCGAGCAGCUGAGCACUGCUAGCAUGUUAGCUUCCCUCACACUAGCUUCAGCUAAACCCCGAUGCUAACGAGGCGCACGACAAACCUCGGCACGGAGUUCAAGCGUCAGUAAAAUAUAUUAUCAACAUACAAGGAGUCCGGCGGACUGAUGGAGGUUAGCACUUACCGACGGUCCAGGAGCGCAGGAGCGAGGCUGCCGCGACACGUGUUUACAGGGGAACAGAAUGAUGACGUGUGCUGGGAAAAACACGCGCCUGAUUGGCUGGGAACUCUUGCGUCUGAUUGGCCACUGACUCCAACCUCCGGAAGUGCGUCCAAUGUAAACAAGAAGCUGGAGAGCGACUUGUAAAGACGUUGGAACAAGUCGCUUCCAUAUUUGUUUUGUAGUAAUAAACGAAGCCAGUCGAUUUUUUUUGGAUAGUUUCGUGCGUUUAUUCCCGAUGGCGAGCGUCUUCACCACUCAUGCCGGAUCCCCGCCGCAGCCCGCGUCAGUGACGCAGCUGUUUGACUCGCUGGAUUCUGCGGCAGAGCAGCUGAUGGUUUUGAAGGACUUCGCUUCUGCUCUGCAGACUUGUUCCUCUGCUCUGGAGAAACUGCGCCUCGUGGAAGAGGAGGACUCGCAGGUCUCCGAGUUGAAGGCGGGAUUCUGCAUCGUGGGGAUUCAAGCGCUGGCUGAGAUGAACCAGUGGCCCGGAGUCCUGUCCUGGCUGCUGCAGCACUAUGAGGGACCCGAGAGCCUCCCCGCCAGGGUCCUGCAGAUGUGCAUCGUGCUUUAUACCAAAGUGGGAGACGCUGGCGUGAUGCUGGAGGCGGCCGGAGCCUGGCUCCACUGUGAGUCCAACAGACGAGUGGCGGGGUUUGGGACAGUGGCCGAGCUGUACCUGCUGCACGUGCUGCUGCCGCUGGGGUUGGUGGAUCAGGCCCGGCAGCUCGUCCUGGGCCAGGUGGGAAGCGCUGUCUUCUCUGAGGAGCAGAGGCUGGCGGCGCUGGACGUUGUGGAGGCGAGGGAGACUCAAAUCAGAGAACCUUCUCCAGGUCCUGGUCCUGGCUCUGACUCGGAUGCUGCGCUCUCUCCUCGGGGUGAGUCCCACCUGAGCCCCAGACCAGCUGCCACACUUGCUGAGCUCUUGUUCUCAGGUGCUGCCCCCCACUGGCUGGAGGCCCUUCUGAAAGCCACCUACAGGAAGCUGCUGCUGAGCAGCUCUGGCUCUCUGCUGGUCCACAGACUGGUCCUGGCCGCCUUGCUCCUCUACAUGCUCUUCCUGCGGCUGGAUCCAGCGCUUCCCUCUUCAUUCCUGUGGAUUUCCAAACUCCUCCACUUCCUCAGGCACAUGUGGAGCCACGUGCGCUCACUGCACUCUCCCUCUCAGAGCAAAGGACUGUGAACCAGCAUCACCUGGCUCGAAGAUGCGUCGCAUGAGCCCCUCGCAGGGCCGACAACACGCCUCCAGUUGGGUCGGCAGUGACUCUCUAGCCAACACAUGCUGUGACUCCUGACUCCGGGCUUCAUUUGACUCAUGUUCUGAACUGGCCGUGACACGUUCUCCACGCUGGUUCGUCCGGUGUUUCCUCAUCUAACUGCAGCUGUACCAGACAGCACCAUGGCUGUCGUCCCAGUGCAGCUUGUUGUGGCACCUUCACGCAGUUCAGGACGAUUGUGUGUCGGAUCAGAUCCGAAACGUUCCUCCUGCCAGAGUGUGAUUUUGGCAGCGUAGUGUAAGUGGCAGAUAUCAAAGACCCAUUUUCAGCGAGAGCGCGUCUCUCUGUUUAAUAAAAGUGAGCCAGCAAGUCUCUGAAAA